AUGUACACAAUAGAAUGGCAGAAACGUGGCUUGCCACAUGUACACCUGCUGGUGUGGUUAGUGAACAAAAUUAGACCAAACCAAAUUGACAGGGUUAUUUCAGCUGAAUUACCGGAUAAAGAUGAAGAUCCUAUCCUGUACGAAAUCGUAAAGAAACAUAUGGUACACGGCCCUUGCGGGACUUUAAACCCGAAUUCUCCAUGUAUGCGAGAUUCUAAAUGCAGCAAAAAAUUUCCGAAGUCGUUCCAAACUCAAACAAGUACUAGCGAUGACGGAUAUCCCAAAUAUCGUCGACGAUCGCCAGAACAGGGUGGGCAAAAUGGUACCGUCCGAAACCAUGAUAUUGAUAACCGAUGGAUCGUUCCCUAUAAUCCGCUCCUUUUGAAAAUUUUUGAUGCCCACAUCAACGUAGAGUUGUGCAAUUCAAUUCAAUACGUUACUAAGUACAUUAAUAAAGGCAGUGAUCAAGCCACUUUCAGCAUACAAUCACCAAAUGAAGUGGAAAAAUAUCAGUCUGGAUGUUACAUCUGCAGCUCUGAAGCUGUAUGGAGGAUUUUAUCAUUCGAAGUGCACGACCGGGCUCCCGCAAUUGUUCACCUUGCAGUUCAUUUAGAAAAUGGACAAAGAGUAUAUUUCACUGAGAACAAUAUACAAGAAGUUGUUAAUAACCCGCGGGAUACAACAUUGACAGCAUUCUUCAAGUUAUGUGCUCAAGAUGAUUUCGUGAAAAACACUGACAUAUGA